UUUCCUCCCAAACCUCUAUCCACAACCAGAAAGGAAUUAUAUGCUCUUGCAAUAUCACCCAACCUUUAAUAUGAUUUGUAUCACGGCCAGCAUCUUUGUGAGCUUGCUUCCCUUUCUCUUCUUUCUCUUAUGGAAGAUCAGGAGAGCCCAACAAUCUGCACCUCAAAGUUCACUUCCACCAGAAGCUGGUGGUGCAUGGCCUAUAAUCGGCCACCUCCACCUAUUAGCAAGGUCAAAAUUACCUGCCCAUAUAAUCAUGGGUAAUAUGGCAGACAAGUAUGGACCCAUCUUCACCAUCAGGUUGGGCGUGCAUAAAACUAUAGUGGUCAGCAAUUCAGAGAUAGCCAAAGAGUGUCUUACUACCAAAGACAAAACCUUUGCCAGCCGUCCAAAAGCUAUGGUAUCAGAACUCAUGGGCUAUAACUACGCUAUAUUCGGUUUGAGCCCUUAUGGUCGUUAUUGGCGCCAAGUUCGAAGAAUAACCAUACUCGAAUUCCUUUCAGAUCAACGCCUUGAGAUGUUCAAACACAUAGGAGAAUCAGAAGUAAACACAUCUAUAAGAGAAACAUAUCAACUCUUGCUCAAUAACAACAAGCUCGUGUUGGUGGAAAUGAGGAGAUGGUUCAGCAACAUUACGCUAAACACCGUAUUUAGGAUGGUUGUAGGGAAGCGAUUUGCUUCGGCUACCAAUGGGGAUAAGGAUGAAGGAAAUGAUCUCCAAUGUCGGAAGGCAUUGACAGAUUUCCUCAUGUUCGCCGGAAAGUUUGUGGUCUCGGAUGCACUUCCAUAUCUAAGGUGGUUGGACUUGGGUGGCGAUCAGAGAGGCAUGAAGAAAUCCGCAAGAGAAGUGGAUCAUGUGCUUGAAGGUUUGCUAGAAGAACAUAAACAAAGAAAGCUCUCGAGUGAGGUGAAGAAUGGACACCAAGACUUUAUGGAUGUGAUGCUAUCCUUUGUCACAGAUAACAUAGAGAUUUCCAAUUUUGAUGCUGAUACAAUCACCAAAGCUACUUGCCUGAACCUUAUCUUAGCGGGCACAGAUACAACAGCAGUGACCUUGACAUGGACUCUCUGUCUACUUCUCAACAACCGUGAGGCUCUUGAGAAAGUCCAACAAGAACUAGAUCUCCAGGUUGGCAAGGAAAGGCAAGUGGAGGAUUCAGACAUGAAAAACCUAGUAUAUCUUCAAGCUGUCAUCAAAGAAUCACUGCGUUUAUACCCUGCAGCCCCACUUACUUUACCACACGAGUCCACCGAAGACUGUACUUUGGCUGGUUACCAUGUCCCGGCAGGCACACGCCUUCUUGUUAAUCUAGCAAAGAUCCAUCAAGACCCACUUGUGUGGCCGGAACCAACCAAAUUUCGUCCAGAAAGAUUCCUUACUACCCACAAAGAUAUCAACGUUAGGGGUCAGAAUUUUGACUUGAUACCAUUUGGCAGUGGUAGAAGAGUUUGCCCCGGAAUCUCGCUUGGGUUAAAUCUUACUCAACUGACGCUUGCUACCUUCCUCCAUGCUUUUGACAUUUCAACCCCAUCAGCUGAACCAGUAGAUAUGGUUGAGAAAGACAUUGGAGUUACCUCCAUGAAAGCAACACCACUCGAAGUCCAUCUCACUCCACGCCUUCUUGCUCAAUUAUAUCAUGUGUAAUUUGAGGACUAGAUAUUAAGUAACUUUUGUGUGAACAACUAGGAUACAUAUUGCUUAACUAGGUGUGUGUUCUAGUUAUGCUUAUCUUAUGCAGGCAAUAUGCAGUGUAUCUAAUAAAAAAAAUCACAUCUGUUAGAACCUGAGAAAACUUCAAGGAAGAAUAAUUACGUUCACUUUCUAUAUAAUAUUUUACUUGUUCUCGUGUUAAGAUUAUUGUCCAAA